UGAGACCCAGACUCAGCAUCUUCCAGAACUGCUUCGUCAAGUCACUAUAUCACUGACCAAUCACUGCACAGUACUCAGUGACGAUGAGCUCAAACUUGGUUUAAAACUGUCGUCAAAGAUCUUGGCUAAAACUCAACCAAUGAUGAGUCCCUCGGGGCCUGAGGGAGACAGUGACGCCUAUGGUGGCCUGAGCACUGUAGAGAGUUCCCCUGUGAAACAUUGGUACUCAUAUAAUACUGAGAGGAGGCCAAGCUUAGGGAAGGAUACAGAAAGUGAUAAUUUUGUGAGCGCUGAAAGUGAUUUUGAUAGUGAACAUCUUCAAAAUUCUCCCGUGAAAUCCAACUGCCAGAAUGAAUCUGAAAAAUCAGUACAAUCAGAAACUUUUGAAACAAGACCAAAAAGUGAAUCAUUUGCCGAGUUUGUGCAGUAUAAUGAAUCCGAUGAUAGAAAUGGUGCCAUUGAAAAUUCAGCUGAUAAACCAAGUGCACCACCAGUUGAAAUUGCAGUUGAUGAGAUUACAACAACGAUGCAGUCUUGCGUCCAAGUGUUCCAGAACUUUUUCAUCACGCUAGUCAAGAAUCGUGUAAUUGGGGAUGGCUCUUUGUUAGCUGACUGUAUGAAAGCAAUAAAGAAGAAAACAGCAGAGGAAACUGAAAACAAUCCUCAGG